AUGAGCACAAGAGUGUGCUGGCUGUGCAAGAAAGGCAGAAAAAAAUCCAAUGGGAUCUCUUCAAACCUUACUCUAGAAGAAGUGUUCCAGUGGGCUGAGUCUUUUGAAAAAUUGAUGGCAACAAAAUAUGGUCCAGGAAUCUAUGCAACAUACUUAAAAAUGGAGCACAGUGAUGAGAACAUGAAAUUCUGGAUGGCAUGUGAGACAUACAAAAAAACUGCAUCACGAUUUAGCAGGACAUCUAAAGCCAGGAAACUUUACAGGACUUACAUUCAACCGCAGUCUCCUAGAGAGAUUAACAUUGACAGUCCCACCAGAGAAGCCAUCAUUAAGAACAUUCAAGAACCCUCUCAAAAUUGUUUUGAUGAAGCUCAAAAAAUUGUGUACAUGCAUAUGGAAAGAGAUUCCUAUCCCCGAUUCCUACGGUCAAAAUUAUACCAAAACCUCAUUGAAAGCCUGCAGAUGGAUGGCCAUCCCUGA